GAAGGGGGAAGAGUAUGGCUUUGAAAAGAAGGCUCAGUGUGUGUGUUUUUUUUGUUGAAAGUGGGAAGGGAGAUGGAGAGAGAGAGAGAGAGUGUGUGUGUGUGUGAGAAGGAGAGUGGGAGAGAGAGUGUGGGCAGGAACCAAAGGCUUGCAACCAAGCUCCAGAUCCGGAGUUUUUUUGGGUUCAGGAGAAUCCCUAGUCCAGAUCUUCUUGCCGGCUCUUCGGUAUCCAUGCACCAAGCGUGCAUUCUAAAUCUGACAAUGAUUUCUUCAGUGAUUGCGUACAGAACGUGUCCCCGUGGGAGAUGGGGCCCCCUCAGGAGCUCUCCUGAUGGGCUCGGGGCCUUGUUUAAAUUUUCCAUUAUUAUGUGGAGUACCGGAGCGACAGAACAGUGGAAGAUUUUGCAGGUUUGUGAUGAGGAAGGACUGGGGCAGUCGCGCCUCUCUCUCUCUCUGUUCUGCACCGCUCCGAUUUGACCUUUUACAAACGCCGCUCGCUAACAGCAAGGAUUUUUUUUAAAUUAUAAAAAAAAUAUGUAUCUGUAAAUACAAAAAAAAAGACACCCUUUUCCGCCCAAAAGAAGAGUUUCAAGAAUGCAGCAAAAAAGUAUUAUAAGCUUCCAAUAUUUUUUUUAUUUUAAAUAAGCUUGUUUUUUUUAAAUAAUCUUCUGCAAUUCAUUUAUUUUUUUUAAACAAAACAAUUGCGGGUGGUUUUUUUUUAAGUCUUUAUUUUUUUUUGCAAGAAGAUGAAAGAUUUUACUUGAUGUUGCCUUUUUUUUGGAGAGCAUUAUUUUAAUUCCAUGGGACUGAGAGAGACAGAGAGAGAGAGAGAGCGAGAGAGAGAGAGAGCAACAUUUACAGUGGGCGGCUGAACGCUGGGGAACGUGUCAAGGGGGCUUUUAAUAAGAGAGGCGAGGAGGAGAGAGAGAGAGAGGGAAAAAAAGAAAGCCCCAUACCGAAGUCUGGAAGAGAGCAUUUCUUUUACGCUUAGAAUGUCUCGUCGCAAGCAAGCUAAGCCAAGAUCAUUGAGACUAGAAGACAAUGAUACUGAAGACUUGCAGCCUACUGUGGGACAGACGGGCGUUCAAAGUGACGGUGGUGACGCAGAGGAUGACCCCCCCUGCUCCUGGCCGCCCUCCUCGCCGUCCAGCAAGGGUCAGUGUUCGCCAGUGGGUGCGGAGGGGGGGGAGGAGGAGGGGGGCGAGGGCUUGCCCUACCCCUGCCAGUUCUGCCCCAAGUCGUUCAGCCGCCUGGCCUACCUGAAGCACCACGAGCAGAGCCACGGCGACAAGCUGCCCUUCCGCUGCACCUUCUGCAGCCGCCUCUUCAAGCACAAGCGCAGCCGGGACCGCCACGUCAAGCUGCACACCGGCGACAAGCGCUACCACUGCAGCGAGUGCGACGCCGCCUUCUCCCGCAGCGACCACCUCAAGAUCCACCUCAAGACCCACGCCGCCGGCAAGCCCUACAAGUGCGCCGUGUGCCGCCGCGGCUUCCUCACCUCCAGCUCCCUCUCCGGCCACAUGCAGGUCCACGAGAAGGGGGGCCCCAAGGAGAUGGCGCCCACGCCCGCCCGCCCCACCAAUUGGAAGCCCGCCGACUCCCGCAAGUGCGGCCGAUGCGAGGAGGGCUUCGACCUGCCCGAGGAGCUCCAGAGGCACAUCGGCGAAUGUCACCCCGACUGCUCGCCCCCCGAGGAGCGAGCCUCCCUCCAGUGCGUCUGCUGCUCGGAGAUCUUCGCCGAGGAGGGCUCCCUUCUCGCCCACCUUGACCGUGCCCAUGGCCGGGACAAAGCCCCCCGCUGUGCCAUCUGCUCCGAAUGCUUCCUCUCGGCCGAGGAGCUCUACGUCCACAUGGAGAUCCACCAGAGGGCAGGCACCAGCAGCAACCACAGCGACAGCCCAUCCAUGGUCACCUUGGGCUCCAGCACCACCCCCGACUCCAACCUCUCGGCCGACGGCUCGGAGGUCUCCUCCCAGUUGCCCAAGCAUCGGGCCAAGAAGAGGGGCAACCAGCCCCCCACGGAAGGGGCCGGAGGAGGAGGGGGUGGAGGAGGUCCUCUCCUCAAGCAGGCCAAGGUGACCUACAGCUGCGUCCACUGCGCCAAGCAAGUCUUCAGUAGCUUGGCCGUGCUCCAGAACCACAUGAAGACCAUGCACCUGGACAAGCCCGAGCAACUGCACACUUGCCAGCUUUGCUUGGAAGGUCUACCUUCCCUGUACAACCUCAACGAGCACUUGAGGCAGGCCCACGAGGGCGAGCAGGAGAUCCUGAUCCCCAGCAGGGUCUACCAGUGCAACUUCUGCCCCGAGGCUCCCGGAGAUCUCAACAGCCUCCAGGAGCACAUCCGCUGCUGCCACAGCUACGGCUUGGGAGGGGUGUCCAAGGAGAGCAACGCUUUCUUCUGUCCGCACUGCCUGAUGGGCUUCCUCACCGAGACAUCCCUGGAGGACCACAUCCAGCAGAUCCACUCCGAGGUGGCGCUGGUCCCCGGCUACCACUCGCCCUUGCUGGGGGUGACCAAGGAGCCCUUGGUGGAGAUCUACUCCUGCCCCUACUGCACCAACUCGCCCAUCUUCAACAGCAUCCUCAAACUCAACAAGCACGUGAAGGAGAACCACAAGAACAUUCCCCUCGCCCUCGCCUACAACAACGAGGGCAGCCGGAGGUCCAGCCCGCUCUCCCCGGCCAGCUCGGACCAAGGUCCCGUCAAGACCGGCCAAGGAGGUCCUCAAAACCAGGGCGACUACGCCUGCAACCAGUGCUCCUCCAAGUACUCCUCUCUGGAGGGCUUCCAGAACCACCUGAAGUCCCACCUGGGCAGUGCCCAGAGGAAGCCGGCUUGCCCGCAGUGCAGCAAGGAGUUCCCGUCCCACGAGGCUCUCCUCAAGCAUGUCACGGUCCACUUCACCAUCACCUCCACCUACUACGUGUGCGAGAGUUGCGACAAGCAGUUCACCUCGGUGGACGACCUGCAGAAGCACCUGCUGGACAUGCACACCUUUGUCUUCUUCCGCUGCACCCUGUGCCAGGAGAUCUUCGACUCCAAGGUGUCGGUCCAGCUUCACCUGGCCGUCAAGCACAGCAACGAGAAGAAGGCUUACCGCUGCACCUCCUGCAACUGGGACUUCCCCGGCGAGGGAGAGCUGCAGCUGCACGUCAAGCUGAACCACCUGGAGCACCGGGGCAAGGCGCACCGUUGCAUCUUCUGCGGCGAGGUCUUUGGCACCGAGGUGGAGCUCCAGUGCCACGUCACCACCCACAGCAAGAAGUACAACUGCAAGUUCUGCAGCAAGGCCUUCCACGCCGUCAUCCUGCUGGAGAAGCACCUGAGGGAGAAGCACUGCGCCUUCGAGGAGCGGGCGCCCAACGGCACCUCCUCCUGCUCCUCCGACGUGCCAGCGCACAAGGAGGAGGGGUCGGCGGCCGAGCUGAGGACCAUCCUGUCCAACCACCGGGAGGUCCACAGCAGCCGGGACGGGAGCGAGGAGGACGUGGACGGGGUGGAGACCAUGUACGCUUGCGACAUCUGCGGCGCCGCCUACACCAUGGACUCCUUGCUGCAGAACCACCAGCUGAGGGACCACAACAUCCGUCCGGGGGAGAGUGCCAUGCUCAGGCAGAAGGCAGAUCUGAUCAAGGGGAACUACAAGUGCAACGUCUGCUCCAGGACCUUCUUCUCCGAGGCGGGGUUGAAGGAGCACGCCCAGACCCACGUGGGUCCCGUCAAGCACUACAUGUGCCCCAUUUGCGGAGAGAGGUUCCCUUCCCUCCUCACCUUGACCGAGCACAAGGUGACGCACAGCAAGAGCUUGGACACGGGCACCUGCCGCAUCUGCAAGACGCCGCUCCAGUCCGAGGAGGAGUUCCUGGAGCAUUGCCAGAUGCACCCGGACCUCAGGAACUCCCUGACGGGCUUCCGUUGCGUGGUCUGCAUGCAGACCGUCACCUCCACCCUGGAGCUCAAGAUCCACGGGACCUUCCACAUGCAGAAGACGGGCAACACCCCGACGGCCGCUGUCCAGGUGGCCCAGCGCGUCCAGAGCUUGCCCAAGCUCUACAAGUGCGCGUCGUGCCUCAAGGAGUUCCGCUCCAAGCAGGACCUGGUCAAGCUGGACAUCAACGGCCUGCCCUACGGCCUGUGCGCCGCCUGUGUCAACGGGGCCAAGCCCGCCAGCCCCGGGGUGAACGGCGGACACCUGCCGGCCGUCCCCGACCCCGUCCCAGGCCAGCCCAAGGGCGUCGGGCAGAAGCACCGGUGUCUCAGCUGCAACGUCAAGUUCGAGAGCGAGGGGGAGCUGCAGAGCCACGCCUUGACCGUCCACCAGGAGAUGCCCCUCAACGUCAACAACCACCCCAAGACGCCCCAGAUCUCGCCUAUGGCCAAAGUCAGCCCUGCACAGCCGGAGGAGAAGACGUACCAGUGCAUCAAGUGCCAGAUGAUCUUCCAGUGUGAAUGGGACAUACAAGUCCAUGUGGCCAACCAUAUGUUGGGAGGGGAAAGGCCAAGAUUGGUUCUACAGCGUGGGAUGGAAGGGGAAACACGCAGUCCGAGACCAUACAAAGAGGAAGGUUUGAGCCACGAAUGCAAGCUCUGCAGUCAGACGUUCGACUCCCCAGCCAAGCUCCAGUGUCACCUCAUCGAACACAGCUUCGAGGGAAUGGGAGGCACCUUUAAAUGUCCCGUCUGCUUCACAGCCUUCGUUCAGGCCAACAAGCUGCAGCAACACAUCUUUUCUGCCCACGGGCAGGAGGACAAGAUCUACGACUGCUCGCACUGUCCACAGAAAUUCUUCUUCCAAACAGAGUUGCAGAAUCAUACGAUGACGCAACACAGCAGCUAAUAACAUGACACGGCGCCACGUUCCGGGAAGAUUCAUUAUCGACAAUGGACAACUUCCUCGUCCCUUUUCGGAGGCAGAUUUCAAAGACGGACAUUUUUUGGAGAGCGGAGAAAGAGAAUUGUAUUAUAAUAUAAAAUAGACGCGCAUUCGACCCGUCCAAAUAUUGAUUUUUUUUUCCAUGUCGUUUAAACUAACACACAGACUUUGUGUGUGUGUGUGUGUGUGUGGGUGUGUGUGUGUGUGUGCGCGUGUGCGUGUGUGUACGCUUGUGCGUGGGCAUGUGUGCGUGCGUGAGUGUGCGUGUGUGGAGAUAUGUACUAUAUAUAUAGUAUGUACAAAGUGUUACACAUGCAUUAUCUUACUGACCCCACCUCCGUGCCAGCCUGAAACUGGUUUCCCCUCAAGAACCAUGAACUGUGACCGUGGUCUUUUCCGCUGUGACAGAUACAUAGCCCCCUCAUGAUGAAUAUAAUGUAUAAAGAGCAUCACUCUCCCCCAACGAGGAACCACCAGGAAAUUCUUCCGUUUAAACUUCCUCCGGCAGAAUUCUGUACGACCAACUUUCCAGUCAAUUAAAUGAUACUUAACCAUACCUGUUCUUCAUGUUUAUUCUGCUGUCUCAACCUGGAUUUUACUGGAAUUACUGUGUUCAUAUUAAGAAAUAAACACUUGCAUCAAUAAA